AGUACAGAAUGCCAAAAUCCUGCAUCCUUGACAGACGGUAGUAUUCUAGAAGCUUUCAUUCAAACGCUUUCACUUGAAAGAACUUGUGUUAGUCAUCCAUCACCAACCCUUUUAUCUAAAACCUUUUGAAUGUUUUCUAAAAAGGUUUUAGAAAAGCUUGCCAGAAUCUAAAAGGUUUUCAAUUAGUCAUCAGUCAUGAGCUCUCAGAGAUAAGAUGUUUAAACCUUCCUCUCACGAUAUGUUGAUGUAUUUCCAAAAUGGCAGCUUGUAACAGUGGCAGCAGCAAUUCAGCUGCUCAGAUUGAGAAACCAAAGAGAUCAAGUAACUGGACCGAGGUUGAAACAAGUGCUCUGAUACGUAUAUGGAAUGAAUAUUUAUCAGACCUCCGAACAGCCAAGAGAAAUGCAAAAGUGUAUGAAAAAAUAGCUGAAGAAUUUUUUGAAGCUACUGGGAUAAGUCGUGAUAAGGACCAAAUCAGAACCAAAGUUACUAAUUUGACCUUUCAAUACAGAAAACUCAAAGCUACGUGUGGAAAUGUUGCCUCAUCUUCAUACUGGCCAUAUUAUGAAGCUAUCCACAGGAUGCUUACUCAGUUCCCAGGACAGGAUGAAAUCAAUAUAUCUGACAGUGUACUACAGAUUCCUUCAGUUUCCAAAUCAGAAGCUCCUUCAUCCCCACAAAAACCAGCUUCACUUCCAAACAUAUCUGAUGACGUCUUGAUAUCAGAGGGAAGUUCUUGUGAGUCCGACCUCGUGGACAAUUCAUCCAGUUUUCAUUCUUCGCAACUCAGAUAUGAAUCACAACCAAUUAAAAAAAGGAAAACAUCAAAUGCUGACUUGCACAAGAAGCGUAUAAGACUAAUGGAAUCAAUGCUGGUAGAGCAAAAGAAAAUCAGUGCAGCCGUGGAAGAAACAAAUCGAGAGGUGCAGAGAAUCCUUGAUCAACAAACUCUCCUACUAAAUCAAAGCUUGCAGCUGCAGAAGCAUAUGUUACAUUUGUUAGAAAAAGUAGUUUGCCAGCAUGGUGCAAGAAAAACAAGUGUUUUUUAGUAGUCUGCCACUAUUUAGAUACCUCAAUUAUAAAUUAAGGGAAGUUAAAAUGAGUAUGUAUAUGGUCAAUUACACAUAUUAUGUCCAAAGUUUUAUUUGUAGUAUCCUUACACUCAACACAGGUGCUUCAUGAAAAUAAUUUUAACUCAGUCAAAACAGGUCCUGCUAGCAAUUCUGCCCACUCCCCCACACCCACAAGAUCUGUUUGAUCGUCAGUCUAUUUGUUUACUUACAGGAAACAACAGUGAUGUUACACUUCCCGUGCUGUAAGCCACAUUGCUGUUUCUAGCUUUGAAUUUUUGCAAGGGAUCUGAACUAAAACUUUCAUAUCCAGCAACAGCAUGCUUUAAAUCAACAAACUUCAACUUUUUCAAGAAUUUCCAUUGCUUACAAGACUUUAAAAGCAUUCUCAAGCAGACAUAUUAUCUCUUUGUAAACUGAUAAUACAACUAGUGUUUUACUAUGGCAUAUUCUUAGGGCACAGUGGUGAUGUCUCCAUCUCUGCGCCAUGAGGCCUGGGCUCAAGUCCGACCUGCUCUGGAGGUGUGAAAAACAUCUCUGAACAGAAUGAUUAGGAAAACACCAAUGGUGUGCUGUUUCGGUAUCUUGCUACAUCUAACUGGUUCUACUUACUAUAUAGCCUGUAAAUAAAUCUGACCAAGUCAUUUUAACUAAUUCAAUUGUGUGGUUU